ACGUAGCGACGGACGACGCAAAAAGUUAGGACAACUCUGCGAGAGUGCAAGUAACUUUUUAAGAUUUUGCACACUGUUUACUACACGAAAUUGUACAAAAUGGCGCCUGGGCUGCACUUUACCAAAGAGGAAACGGAGUCCCUUAUUAACAUGUUCAGGAGCCUUGGAAAAGUCAAUCCAGCCAGACCAGACAAAUUAGAACGUACCCAGGUUCGAGAGCAACUUCAUGUUAAGUUUGGAGUGACAGACGACCUCAUUCUUGAUAGAAUUGUGAGAGUUUUUGACACAGACAGUGACAACUAUGUGAGUCAGUCAGAAUGGCUUCAUGGUCUCUCGAUAUUUCUACGAGGAACUAUAGAAGAAAAGAAGCAAUUCUGCUUCAAGGUUUAUGAUUUAAACGAUGACGGCUUUAUCACAAAAGAAGAAGUGUUUAAUUUGCUGAAGAACAGCAUGGCUAAGCUACAGACAGAGGAAGAUCCUGAUGAAGGCAUCAAGGACCUGGUUGAUAUAACCAUCAAGAAAAUGGAUUUGGACAAAGACAACAAGAUCGGCCCUGAUGAUUUUUCUUCGAUUGUCUCUGUUGAUCCGUUGUACUUGGAGCAUUUUGGUGCCUGCUUACCAGAACAAGAGAAUGUAAAUGAGUUCCUGAGAUUGUCUGCUGAGUAUCCGCCCCACAGAGACAGAUAUUACUAGCGGUUUGCAGUGUGCAUUCUCUCUCUACAUUCAUUGAGAGCUUUCUGGCAACUCAUUGUAGAAAGCCAGUGACAGGAAACUAAUAAAGGACUUCAUCAAUCAUCAAGCAUUAUUCGCCGAGGGACCUAGUUUGUCAAUUUUUAAUAGACCCUAUGCACACCGGGCAGUGCACAAACACACACAUCUCCUGUCCGCCAAUUUGUGUGUCAAAACGUGCACAAAAGGAUGGUACACAUGUUUACGCACCUCCGAACAAUGCGCGUCUUCAAUUUCUGCCUUUUUGGGGAGUCCAUUCCUUUCCCAGCAAACUUAUAUUAAACUCACAGCUACUGAGGAGGGAAAUACUAAUUCACAAGUCUCCAUGAGGUCAAAUUCUGACAUGUACGUUUUGACAUACAAAAUGGCGGACAGAAGCUGCACAUGUAUGUGUGCUGCGCGUUGUGCAUGGGGUCUAUUCCGGGGGUACAAUAUUGACUGCUCACCCGAAACCAGUCCCAUGAUUGCUUCAAAAAUGCACAGCUGUUGCGCGUGUGAUAUUCUACUAUGCAUGCGUAUUUACUCUGUGCAAGAAUAUUGGUGCAUGCUCUUGGUAAACAGAAAUGAUAUAAUGAUUUGACUUUUGAGACUUCAGCUGUCAAUCAUGAAUAUGUAUGAGGUAUAGUAAUGUAGAUUAUGAAAUAGACCCGUUCCAUGAAAUAUGUAAAUUGCACAUAGCGCGUUCGACUAACAUUUUGGUUGGCAAAAUGAAGGAACAUUGCACUGUUUUAAAUGUGCAUCUGCCAAGUGCACUUUUCUAUGGCGUUUGCCAACCAAUAGGGUCUAGUGUACGCAUGCAUGGAUGUAAUUAGCACAUUUCAUGGGAAGGGUCUAUUGGGCCGAUGUACCAACGAGGGUUUUCUUCCAUCUAACAUUGUCAUGUAGACGUCUAUACAAAAUAUUUGUUCAUAAAAAAUGUAACGCCAAGAUAUAUCCAUCUAUUCUAUUGAUUCUCUGUCCAUUUUAAAUCCCCCCCUGUAUUGACUUGCCUCAUGUUAGGUACAUGUGAAGGGCAUAGUCCAUUAAAAGAAGAGGGAUGUUCCUUUUUAAAGAAAGUAAAGGUGGUUGAGCUUUAACAUUACUAAAGCGGCUUGUGUGUAUAAUAUGUAAAUUAUUCCAGUAUGAUUUUUCGGUUUUAUGUUCUGAAUUCAACUUGUACUUCAGGCAGAUUUUUUUUAUGUGAUGUAUAUUUCAUUCCUAGAUCAAGUUAAUACCUUUCAGAGGAGAUAAUUUGAUCAGAAAACUUAUCUUCAUCUGUAUAUAUAUAAAAAAGUGUAUUUAUUAAAAACGUAGUUAGUCUAUUAGGAAGAAAUUCUUAAAAAAAGAAAAUUACAAUCAGAUUAAAAGCAUGAUUCGUGGUUGCUUAACAUUUUAUAUUUUCGGUUACUAUCAAAGGGAGUACAGUUAAUAAACUAUAUUAAUUCAAUAAUAAUAUCGAAGUCUUAUAUAGCGCCAAAUCUACCACACAAGGUACUCAAGGCGCUGAGUA